AUGGCGCUGCCGGCGGAGCGCGGCGCGGAGCCGCGGCCCGGCGCCUCGCGGCCCGCCGAGGAGCGGGAGGAGGAGGGCGGCGGCGGCGGCGGGGGGCAGCCGGAGGCGCUGUCGCUGGAGGAGAUCCUGCGCCUCUACAACCAGCCCAUCAACGAGGAGCAGGCGUGGGCCGUGUGCUACCAGUGCUGCGGCUCGCUGCGGGCCCGCGCCCGCCGCGGCCAGGGCCCCGCCGCCGCCGCCGCCGCCGCCGGCGGGCCGGGGGCGGCCGCCCGGCUCCUGCGCGUGUGGCGGGACGGCGCCGUGACCCUGGAGCAGCGCGGCGGGCCCGCAGGUAAAUCGGACCAUUUACCCUGCUCAGAGAUGGAGGUUAUUGAAUCACUGGGGAUUAUUAUAUACAAAGCCCUGGACUAUGGCUUGAAGGACAAUGAAGAGCGGGAAUUGAGUCCUCCACUGGAGCAGCUUAUUGAUCAUAUGACUAAUACCACAGAAACAGAUGGGAGUAAAGAUGAGGGAUAUGAUGCUCUGGAUGAAGGAGUGGAAGAUGACGAUGAUGAUGAAAAAGAGGAAGUUGAGGUCAUUCGUUCCUAUAAAGAUGUCAUGAAGCUAUGUGCUGCCCAUUUGCCAACCCGAUCAGAGGCACCGAACCACUAUCAAGCAGUAUGUCGGGCUCUGUUUGCUGAAACAAUGGAAUUGUACACUUUCUUGGCCAAAAUUAAAAGUGCAAAAGAGAAUCUGAAGAAGAUUCAAGAAAUGGACAAGGAAGCAAGUGACGAAAGCAGCACAGACCUUGAUGACUUAAAAAAUGCUGACUGGGCUCGUUUUUGGGUACAAGUAAUGCGAGAUUUACGGAAUGGUGUCAAACUUAAGAAAGUUCAAGAGCGUCAGUACAACCCCCUCCCAAUAGAAUAUCAGCUCACACCCUAUGAAAUGCUGAUGGAUGACAUUAGAUCCAAACGCUAUACCUUAAGGAAGGUUAUGGUCAAUGGUGACAUUCCACCUCGAUUAAAAAAGAGUGCACAUGAAAUAAUCCUGGAUUUCAUCCGAUCACGACCUCCAUUAAAUCCUGCCUCUGCAAGAAAAUUAAAACCAACCCCACCACGGCCACGCAGCCUUCAUGAAAGGAUAUUGGAGGAAAUCAAGGCAGAAAGGAAGUUACGCCCUGUCUCACCUGAUGAGAUAAGGCGUAGCAGGCUGGAUGUAUCUACGCCAGAGGUUGGAAGAAAAUUAGUAGGCACCUCUGUAGUGAACGGUAGCUUGGCACCACAAGGAAAGCAGAAUGGUGCCGCGCAAGCAACAGUACAACGAAAGAGACUCCUUAAGGCUCCCACAUUGGCUGAACUUGACAGCUCGGAUUCAGAGGAGGAGUCAGCGCACAAAUCAGCAAGUAGCAGCAGCGUUUCCCCCUCCCAGGUGGAAGACCCCUUUCAGGAAGGCACAAGCAGCAGAAAGACGCCUCCAAAGUUCUUGCCAAUAUCAUCUACACCACAACCAGAGAGACGGCAGCCACCUCAGAGACGACACUCCAUUGAAAAGGAAACACCAACUAAUGUGAGACACUUCUUACCACCUUCAAAGCAGAGUUCCAGAUCACUUGAGGAGUUCUGUUACCCCGUGGAGUGUCUCGCUCUGACGGUGGAGGAAGUCAUGCACAUCCGUCAGGUGCUGGUGAAGGCUGAGCUGGAAAAGUACCAGCAAUAUAAAGAUGUCUACACUGCUCUCAAGAAGGGAAAGCUCUGCUUUUGCUGUCGGACAAGAAGGUUUUCUUUCUUUACCUGGUCCUACACUUGUCAGUUCUGUAAGAGGCCUGUAUGCUCACAGUGUUGCAAAAAAAUGCGAUUGCCAUCAAAGCCAUAUUCCACACUCCCCAUCUUCUCGCUGGGACCUUCAACCUUGCAGAGAGGAGAAAGCUUCAUGAGGCCGGAGAAACCCUCCACCAGUCACCAGCGAUCACUGAGAAGCAUGCCUAGGUUGGCCUCAAGGUCCAAAUCUGUGGAUAGGUCACAUGAAGAGCUACAGUUUCCCAAAGAAUUAAUGGAGGACUGGAGCACGAUGGAGGUGUGCGUGGACUGCAAGAAGUUUAUUUCAGAAAUCAUCAAUUCAAGCCGGCGCAGCCUCUCUCUGGCCAACAAGCGAGCCAGGUUAAAAAGGAAAACGCAGUCUUUCUACAUGUCAUCGCCAGGAACCUCUGAAUACUGCCCAUCUGAACGAACUAUCAACGAGAUCUGAGCCUUGUGCCUUUUUGUUUGCUUUUGUCGUCACGAGGUCAUUAUCCAUGAGCAAGGUCAUGAGACUGGAUUGCCAUUCCGUUGCUUCGUUUCACGUAACAGGCUUGAAUUUGCAUUAGCUCCCAGGAUUUCUUGCUCCGAGGGUUUCCAGAGACGCAGAAUGCUGUGCUUGUAUCAGUACCGAAUGAUACGCAGCGGGUCAGCUGUUUGCACUGGAAGAAAAACAAUAGUUUGAAACUGUUGCCUCUUUUGUAUGUGUGCUUUGAAACUAGAAAGCCUUUUCUUGCUUUCAGUCUUUUUUUAACCAUUCUUUGAAUCAUUUUUCAGAUGAGCUGAAACAUAUGUUUAAAGGAGAACCAUAUCUAACAAGGUGUCAGUGUCAGCACAGUAGCAAACAGUAAGUCAUAUUGGCAUUACCAACUUAGUAAUGCUCGUAUCCUAGUUCAAAUGGCACAGAGUUGUAUAGCGCAGCGCCUACCUAGUGUGUGCGAUUGUGGUCAAAACGAUCUUUCUUCACACUGUUUUUGUUGCUCUGAGAUCAGGGUUCAGCAUGGGACUUUACAGUGUCUGCAUCCUUGGGCAAACAUAUCUGAUGACGCUGUUCGCCCCUGUGGUUGGCCAUUCCCCUGCGCUGCUCCGCUUUCUAAGCCUUAGUGUACUGCUAAGUGUCUCCUGAGCAGAUUUUAGUGGUUUACUUUCUAUCUUGAAUGUAUGAGGAUGAUGAUGAUUAGUAGCAGUAAAUUUUAGUAGUAGACAGAGUUGUACAGGUUACGGGGAGGAUGGGAAAUAAGGGAGGCUCUAAUUUUAACUUGAGUAUCUGUAAAGUUGUUCUUGUGGUUACCCAGAGGAAAAAAGGUGGGUAAGGUGUACAUUUGUAUUAUAAUGGAACACAAAUACUGCUAUAAUUACUUCUGACAGCGUAUCCACUGUUAACCCCAUUUUUCUGGGGUUUCUAACUUGGCUGUAGAAUUUAGUAUUCUGCUGAAAUUUGGGACAGUACUGUCUCAGAUUGGGAGCACUCUCUUUUUUCUUUUCUGUCUCUUUUUCCCUGUUUAAUUCACUCACAAGAGAACGCUAGAUGUUCCUACAAUGUUAACUGACAUCACAUGCUUUUUUGCACUUUUUUAUAUUCAAAAUAUUUUUUUUAAUUCAGGCAUAGAGUCAGAAUUUAGUCAGAGUUUAGUCUAUAAUUUGAGCAUUUUGGCAUUUAAAAACAAGUUAACAUAGCCAAGUUAUUAAUACUUGAAAAUCAACUACUGUAACUUUUUCGUAAAUUUUUAAUACCCUGAGGCAUAUUUAAUACUAUAUAGCAGUGUAUUAUAGAAUGAUAUAGCAGAAAAAUUUCAGAUCUAUUUAUUAACAUUUCUAUACUACAGAUUAAUGAGAGAUACCUCAGAACUGCUCCAAAGUAGCUGGGACUGGAUUUACAUAACUUGAUUUUAAAUAUAUAUGUAUCAAAACAGAUUCUCCUGUCCAAAUAUUGUGCAUUUAGAAGCCCAGCAGAGGCCAGAUUCCCCAGCAGCCAGCGCAGGCAACGCGCGGUGCAGUGGCCGCGUAUUGCCUGGCCCCCGUGCAGUAGCUGCGCUCCCGUUUCACUGCGGGUUGCCUCCUGCUGCCCAGGGCCACAAGGAUUCCCCUUCAAGGGAUAUUUGCAGGUUACAUUACAGUCUUCAGAGCAGCCAUUCGUAUAUUUAAGUUAAUUGGAAAAGCACAUGCAAAAGUCUCCGUGAACCUUCCCGGGGACUCAUCCAUCCUUAUUUUUCUUUAGACACCUUCUCAGAAAAUGAGAACUUUUGCAUGCACAGAGCUUGUUGAAAUAACGUUUUAAACUUUGAACUGAUGCAAACGGGAAAAGCAGGGCUCACGGCCAGCUCUCCCUCUUCUGCUGGCCCGUGUGAGGUAAGGCGCCUUGGCCCGCUCUUUGGGGUACCUCUGGAAAUGGGUUUUGCAAGUUGAAGCAGCUGGAGUAUUGGAGUGAGUAAGGCUGUAGGAGAGGAGGAUGAGUAGCACCGGGGCCUGAUUUGAAAGCUCUGCUGCUGCUGGCGGGUUGCCCGAUCUCAGCCGCAUCAGCACUGUCUCUUGUUUCUGUGCCAAAGCCAGGCCUCGUGGCUGCUGCACAGUGGUCACACCAGGAAAACUAGGCUCAAAGAAAUGCGUGCAGUCUCUCUUUGAACCUCCCCUGCUCUUCUUAACGAUUUUCUCCUGAAAAUGCCCUGGCCACAUGUUACAGUCACUCCAGCUGAAGCCACUAAGGUGCAGGAGAUCCAGCGUGUUUAUUUUUCCUUUGAGAGGGGUUUGGGGCACUGCAGAGCAGGCAGAACCAAGGCCCACGUAAAUCCUGAGCAUGCAAAGGGACGUGGGUCCCCGCUGCACGCCAGGGCCACGGGCGGCCCCAGGCAGCGAGCGGCUCGUACCAGGUGCUCGGGGGAGUCGGCGCAGCGCUGCCGUGGGGCAGGGCGGCCGCUCGCGCGCGCGCGCCCCGCUUCUCGCCCUGGGAAGAGCCCUGCGGGCUGCUGGCCCGCGCUCCGGCGAGCUCCAGGAAAGGCGCCGCAGCGGGCUGCCUCCCCGCUUUUGCCCCCCCGUCCUUCCCUCUCUGCCACAGUUACUCUGCUUUAUGCCAGUGUUUAAUUCAGCAAAAGGCAGAGCGGUGGCUGCGCCGGCGCUGCAAGGCUCGGAGGAGCUCAGCCUGCUCGCUGCCUGGAUCUCUGCGGAGGAGUGGGUUAUUUUUAGCUUUCCAUCUCGCCGCUUGCGCUAGCAUCCCAGAUCCACUCCAGUCAUUUGCCUGCGCACCUCGCCGUGCUGCCCAGCAUGUCCUAUUUAUCGUCAAAACGUCACGUUCCUGUCAGAGUAAGAAAUCAGAAGCUUGUAAAUACGUGUAAUAUAUUUAUUAAUAUUUAGGAAGUCGCCAUCAAUCACGCAGUGGGAACUGAUUUUUCCAUCACAUUUUAAAAAGAAAACGAGUCCUAUUUAUAUGUGUGUUGGCUAUUAUCUUUAUUAGAGUUAAAGCUUUCAGCCCCUGCAGACAGUUUGGAGGCAUUUUAGAGUGAGUUACCGCUGAAAAGAGUGUGGGGGCUGGCACAGUGAGGUUACAUCCGCAAAUUUUUAAAAUUUUCAUUUUUCUAGCUGUGUUGUUAUGCCCAAGACCUGUUUCAGUGCAGCAUUAGAGACCCAAGGAGCCAAGAACACCGCCGGCAGCGGCAGUCGCGGCGGUAGCUGGCGCGCGAAGCUGGCUCGGAGGCGUCCCGGGCAGCCCUGCCGAGCCGGGGGUCGCCAGCAGGCCUCCGCCGCGGCUCGCGCCUGCGGAAAAACCUCAAGUUGCAAAUGUUCACGGUGACGGUGCUGCUUAUGGGGUGUGUUGUGUCCUGUUUCCCCCUCCCCCUUAUUUCCUUUCUCUGGGGGGUGGGAGGAGGAAGGGAUGUUACCUGGCAAAAAUAAAAUGCCUUUCAGUUA